CUUGCUGUUAACUUGCCAUGACGAGCCUCAGGAAAAGUUGCUCAAUGUUAAUGUUUGACAAGUAGGAAGAAGGGCCUCGGCUGCCAUAUCUCUCCGUCUUAGACGACGCAACCAAACUCUUUCAGCUCCCCUUCGACUCAAGAGUUUGUCUGCUGCCUUUUGUGAAGGACGAAUCAAAGAAAGAUACCAUGGAGGUGCUGGUGCUGAUCGACUUCGAGGGCACCAUGGGAGACGAGAUCACAAUGAGGGCAGGGGACGUGAUCAAGAAAGUCGCCAAGGCCAGCGAGGAGGGAUGGCUGGAGGGGGAGCUGCGAGGAAAGCGGGGCAUCUUCCCUGCCAACUUUGUCAAGGAGGUGCCAGUCUAUCUGAUUGGAGACAGCAAGAGGGAACCACGGAGCAUUAGAAAAUCAAAGAGGAUGAAACCCAAAAGGAAAUGCGAGGCAGUGUUUGCCUACAGCGCCCUCAACGAAGAUGAGCUCGAGCUGGUCAUUGGCGAGACUAUUGAGAUCAUCAAAGAGAUUGAAGACGGAUGGUGGAUGGGAAUAAAAAAUGGCAAAGUGGGAGCAUUUCCUUCAAAUUUUGUCAAAGAAAUCUUUGUUUCCCCUAAAGAUGGCAAGCACCAUGAGAGCAAGGCCCGACCCAAACUCACAGAUGCAGUGUUCAGUAAGGAGAUAUCCCAAAAAGCAAGUCUGAGGGACAAAGGGAAAAAAGUUGUGGAGUGUUGCCAAGUCAUGUUCGACUACAAGGCCAAAGCAGCGGACGAGUUGGAUCUGAGGGAGGGAGACGUCGUUGUGAUACUGACGAAGGAAGCAGAAGAUGAAGGCUGGUGGGAGGGAGAGCUGAACGGACGCCGUGGCUUCUUUCCUGAUAACUUUGUCAUGGUGAUACCGACAAUGGACAGUCUGCAACCCGGGACCACGAGCCAACCGCCCGCGCGCACCGUCAGCAAGAAACUCGCAGUGAAGGCGGAGGCAUCAGCGAUGGAGAAAGUUGGUCCGGCAAAGAAAAACGAUGAUAAACCAGAGGCCAAGGACCUGAGAACCAAUCCUCCGACCAAAGUCAAGUUGCCAUCCAUCAACAGGCCCAGUCCGCCCCCAGUCAAAGAAAAACCCAACAAGGUUUCACCCAAAACCAAUGGCGAUGUGGCUCCUCUUUCCCCGAAACAAGCAGAGGAGAAAGAGUCCGACCAAUUUGACGGAGUGGAUGUGCAGACUGAUAAGCUGAGCCACCCUACAGCGAACCGAGCCAAACCCCCUCAGAGGAGACCGCCAUCGGGCCUGGUCACGGCAGCACAAAGUGCCACUGACCAGACGGAAACAGAACUACUGCCAAAAAAGUUCCCACCAGAGAAAUUACCUGGCCUGCAAAAGGGUACAGACAAUCUCCUGCCAUUGCCUUCGAAGCCUGAGCCCCGACCCAAGACGCCGCCCCCUAUACGACCAGCGCCGCCCAAAGUAGCUGUGGAUGGCAGAGCGGUGAGCCACAAGGGAAGGCCGACGGUGGAGAGCCUGCAGGCGGAGAUCAAAGAGCUGAGGAUGGCUCUGGAGCUGCUGCAGACACGACACGAGCAAGACAUGCAGGAAGUGAAAGAGGAACUGCGGAAGGAGAGAAGCAAACAACUGGCCCUGCAGGAGGAAGUAAGCAGUUUAAAGAUGAAGCAUUGAUCAACACACACACUGUGAUCGCGGUAGCUGCCUGACGCUGCCGUGGAAGCCCUCGAACUGCAAAUUUGAACAUGUUGCUAACGUGGAGCAGGGAGGGAGAAAACACGCGAACUCUCCCGCUGCAGACACAAACGAAGGCAGCAUAUUUGGAGUACAUUUGGAUCUUGGAUCAAGCUACUCCUGCACUGGACCGGAUCCUCCAAAAAGACUUUUAAACUAUAGAGUAUUGUUAAACAUAUAUCAAGCAUAUGUGAAUGCUGGAAAUUGCAUACAUUGGUCUAAAGUGGGUCGUACGGGGUAGCAAAUUACUGUUUGACAUUCUUUUAUUACAACUGUCACUUUUAUCGCAUUUACUGUACCUUUUAACAUGAUGCCUCAGCAGAAUGUGUAAUAUAUGCAGCUGUAAAUAGGAGGAGAUAUUGUGAAGUCCUUUCUCAAAGAACUUAAAAAAUAAUUUUAAGUCUGGAGCACUGUUAUGUGAAUAUGAAUACCUGAAAUACUACUGUCAAAAACA